ACCAAUGCAAUGUUAUAUAAUACUUAAGCAAUAGUUUAAAAUAUGUUACAUAAAAAUAUGAAAUCCAUAAUUAAGUUCGCUUGACAUAGGACAAUAAUAGAAAACAUUCACCCUUUAUAUUAAUUACCAAAGUACGUAUUUUAUGCGUAACACAAUUACCUCUUUUUUAUUUUCAUAGAACAUUUUCGAUAUAGUUCGAGAUAGGUUACGGAAUUCCUAUGUAGACUAUAAUUUUCUCGCAAUGUCCGUGCUACUACAAUUUAGCCUAAUUUAAUUAUAUAUAUAUAUAGGGAAGAGAUCCUGUGAAAAUAGGUCCCUAUGUGAGUAUACUACUUUAUAUGAGAAUGAAUCUAAUCCGUAGGAUUAGAUUCAAUCUAAUGGCUAGGAUUAAAUGUGAGCAAACCCAUCCACCUUCCCCAUUAAAAGCCACGUCUCUAUCACUAAACCCCACCCACUUUCUCUCUCUAAAACCUUUCCUCUUCUUUCUCUCUCCCGUUCGAGACUCUCUCUGUUCUCCCUCACGAUUUUCUCUCUCCUCUCGCGAAAACCGCCAUCGCAGCUCCAAAAACGGCCGAUCAACGUCCUUCGCCGCCGGUGUAUUGCAGAUUUAAGAUGACUGGAGUACGAAACCAAUACGAACGACGAAGCAAACACAAACACGACAAACAAGCAACAAAUCCAGUCGAUACUGAAGAAAGGAAUAAGAAUGAACGCGCCAAAGAAACGGAGCCAGUUGUCCCGCAAUCACUUCUGAACGACAUCAUGAACAAUUUAGAGGAUCCCGAACAUCACACCAAUCAAGAAACUGAAGUUAACACCAAUGAAAAAAGCAAUGAUAAUGGAAACCAAGAACAAGAGUCUGAUCUCACUCAAGGACGGAAAGAGACUGUCAGGUUUCAGACAAAACAUAAUCUCUCAAAUAGAAAACUGAUUGGUAUUCAUGUGUAUCAAUAUGCAAUAAGCUGGGACCUACUAAACUUUUCUAUGGAAACCGAAACUCAAACCAAUGCAGAAACUGAACCUAUCAUCAAUGAAGAAACCAAUGCCAAUGUAAACAAAGAACAAGAGGAAGUGAAUCAGAAGAAUGACAAAAGAAGGAAACAUAUUGCAAAAAGGAAACAAGGGAAUGAAAUUGUUGUUAGAGAUGUCAAGAAGCACAAGUCUGCAAUUGUUGUGCACUUGGGAUCAAAAGACUGUGUAGAAGUGGAUAACAAAUCAAAACCGGUGGAGAAGAAAAAGGCUAGACUUUUGGUACAAAGAAUACCACCAAAUUGGUUCAUGGCACUUAUUCCUAAAAUUCCGAGACAACACAGAGCUGCCAUUAGGAAAAUAGGCUUUGGUGCCUUCCUUGAUUUAGAUAUUGGUGCCCAUAAGUCUGCGUUUUCUGCUGAACUUGUAACAAGCUUAGACGCCAACAGAGUUAAUUUGGUGAUGGAUAAUAAAGAAGAAAUAGAUAUUCAGUUGAAAGACAUACACCUUGUGUACGGGCUUCCAAUAGGAGGAAGGAAAAUAGUGGAACCGAAGAAGGAAGAAGAUGAAGAAUGGGUUUCAUUUCUGAGAACAUGGAGGGGAUUCUUUAACAUGGAAAGUGGAAGUCCAUACCUGUCAAAAGUAUUGGAUAGGUUGAAUGAGUUAUGUGAAAAAGACUUGUGUGAUGAAUUUUUAUGGCAUUUCGUGGUGUGUGUAGUGAAUACUUGUAUAUGCUCAACAUCAAGACCGGAAGUGGCAUACAAGUUUCUGUAUAGCUGCAUGGACAUACAGAAAAUUCAUGAAUUAGACUGGUGCCAUUACACUUUUGUAAAUAUGAAGAUAGCUGCUGAAAAAUGGAAAGGAGGAAAUGCUUAUUUCACUGGACCAUUGCCUUUCUUACUGAUUACAUAUUUUGACCGGUUGCAAAGGGAGAAGAUUGUGCAACCAAGAGAGUUCCCUCUCCUUUCAGUCUGGAACAGUGAGAGGAUAGAAGAAAGAAUGAAGAUUGAAAACAAGAGGGGCUUUGGAAAGGGGGUUGUGCUCAAAAGAAUAGCUUAUGAAGGAUUACCAGAAGAACAAGUUGAAGAACACAUAUACCAGAAAGAUCCUCACUUGCAAGCAGGCUCAUCAACUUCAUCCUACAACAUUAUGGGCUUUCUGGACAAAUUUGGGGAUUUGGCUAAGGCACUGGCUUCAAAUAUCAACGAGAUGUAUGUUAUGGUAGAUAAAGCAUCUGACCUUUUCAAAGAAGGCGAUACAGCAGAGGAACUGAAAAGGCUGGUCGAUAAUAUUUGGAGCAAGUACACAAAUAAGCCAACUGAGCCAAUUCUGCCCGAAGCACAAGAAAAAGUCAAGAGUCCUUCAGUUCUUAGCCAGUACAAACAAAUGUUUGAUGAACCUGGAUUCAUUGAGGAAUUGGACGUGGUAAUGGCUAAGGCAUGGGAAGAUUACCAAGAGAGAAUAGGUAUGAGUAAGAAAUUUGUCAAGCCACGUCCAACAAAAAAGAAAAAGAAGGCAAGAGAUGAAUCUGAUAUAUUAGGCUUCAAAUUGUUGACCCAAAGCCAAACCGAUGAAGAAGAAGAGCAACCCCUCCCAUUUGCUACAACAACGACACACAUCUUUGUUCAAGAAUCAGAAUCACCAGAAUCACCAGUGAUCCUUAGUGAUAUUCCAUCUUCAUCUGCAUUAAAGCCAACAGAAGUGAUUUCUCUCGACAGUGCUGAAUCGUUUGAAAAUAUGGAUUUGGAUUUGGACUUGGAUCUGGCAUUUGGAGUUCAAAAAUCCUUGGAAAAUGCAGCAAACAAUGUCAAAAGCCAAGAACCAACAGACACAGAAAAUGCAACAAACAAGCCAAGUUCGGGUAAAGAUGAUGACCCUAAGGAAAGAGCGUCUGAUGUUGUUCCAACAGAGGCUACUUUGGGUAACAAUGAUCAGCAAAUGGGAACAGAAACUACUAAAACACCAACUGGUUUAGAUAUUGAUGGAAAGCAAGCUGGUUCGCCAAAAUAUGAGGAGCCAAAACAGAAAAUAGAUGAGCAGGAGGGGUAA